AGUAGUCCUAUACAGUCUACGCCUGCUAACCACGUUGUGAUAGCUGUGGCCCAAAUUGUCAUGUGUUUUGACUACCCAAAUGGAGGGACUCUCCCGACUGCCCAAUGAUCCAAGGUGCUUGUAUCGUUACACACCUGUGUGAAAUCGAUUUGGUAUGUCAGUUGGAAACCCCAACCAAGAGCUUCGUAGGAGUAAGGCAUAAGAAAUCCUCAAAGUCAUCAUUCUACCUCCCUCGUCUGCUCUACUAUAAAAGUUUACACUAAAUAUACACUUUAUAUAGCAUAACUGGCACAAAUUUGU